CCGCUCUACAUUGUCACCUUUAAGUGUUCAAGAUCCGGCAUCUUCUACAUCCAUGAGGGUACAGGCCUUGAUGUCAAGGAAGGCGAUCUGGUCAUUGUCGAAGCAGAUCGUGGUCAAGAUCUAGGAACCGUCACUCACGCCAAGAUUGACUGGCCGAGAGCAAAGGAAGCCCUGGAGAAUACGCACAGAGAUAGACCUCUAGACGAGUACCCACCUGGUAUGGGCGGACCUCCUGAACUGCCACAAGAGCCCACCAAGCCGAAGAUGAUCAAACGUCUCGCCCAGCCACAUGAGAUUGCCAACCUUCGCGAGAAGGAAGGAAAUGAAGCUAAGGCUAAGAGGAUCGCUCAGCAGAAGGCCAACGAACACAACCUCAAGAUGGAGAUUCUGGACGCCGAAUUUCAGCUUGAUUGGAAGAAGCUCACCUUCUACUUUUACUCUACUGAGUACAUUAACUUUAACCUUCUCGUGGGAGAUUUGUUCAAGAUCUACAAAACCCGUAUUUGGCUGUCGGCCAUCAAUCCU